AAGCACAUCGGAUCCGAUGUGCUUCCGACGGCGACACCGGUCACCGUCGCCGCCAUGGUCACGCGGUUGAUGGACGUCGGAGAGAUCCGCUUCACGCAGGAGCAUGUUUAUGACACCUUCAACGCCAACUCGGAGCGAGCAGGCAGCGUCUUGGACUUGAUGGAGUCCAUCCUCUCAGGCGCUAGCAGGGCCAAGGUGUGCGGGUGUGCGUGCGAAGGAAGGCAAGCAGAGAGAGAGAGAAAGACCAAACAAAGUUCUUGGAUGCUGUGGAGAUAUUCUGUGUGUCUUAGACAUAUUUUCACAUCAGGGUGCUUGAUCUUCUGGGUGUUGCCAAACUUUCUGGAUUUGGAUCGUUUGGAUGGACUGACUUAUCUCCUGCAUGUGUUGGAUGUUCGAGCAUGUCACAGAACUCAAAAUAGUCAAAAAUAGCAUGUUCAGACACUGGCUUCGGCCUCCCUUCAAGCGCUGUUUUCAUAAAUCUGGCAAAUGUUCAGAACUUUGAAUACUGGAUAGCAUCCCAGUGUCAAGAAUGUUGGAUACUCAAGAAUGGUGUGACAUAUCUUCUCAAGGGUUUGGAUGUUGUCUAACGCUC